GGGCGGUCCGUGUGCAUCUACUGGGGUUUGUAAAGAAAUUGUUUAUUUAUUUUCUCCAAUAAUUUAACCAAGACAAACAGUAAAAAAUACAUCUUCUUUACUCUCGUAAAUCACGCUCUUCCCUAGCAGUUCGGGUAAGAAUUUCGCGAAGCACCGUGUCCGCUCUCCGAUUCCUGCAGAACGCCGCCCGCGCUGCGCCAUUUUGAAAGUGUAAUGCUGGAAGAGGCUGGAGCGAGGGAAAUCUCAAAGUAGGGUGCAAAGUCUGCAAAGCAGCACUGAAUGUUGCAAGCUAGUUUCUUUGGUUAGGAAGAGCUUUGCGUUGCCUGUAUCAACUGGGCAGUGGACUUUUCGGAGUUAUUGAUCGCACACCCAGCUUCAGUCCUCCCAUCUCCUCGGUCCGAACCUCGCAGCCGACCCGGGUCAGCACUGUUCCAGUCCAGGGCCUGAUCCCGCUCCACAGACCCCGUCUGAGUCCUGCACCAUGGCAGGGCCCGGUGGUGGGAGCAGCGAUGUGCAGUGGUGCUUUUCCCAAGUCAAAGGGGCGAUGGAUGAUGAUGUCGCCGAAGCUGACAUCAUAUCUACUGUUGAAUUCAACCACUCUGGGGAACUACUUGCCACUGGGGACAAGGGGGGUCGCGUUGUCAUAUUUCAGCAGGAGCCAGAGAGCAAGAAUCAACCACAGUGCCGAGGAGAGUACAAUGUUUACAGCACCUUCCAGAGCCACGAGCCUGAGUUUGACUACCUGAAGAGUCUUGAGAUUGAGGAGAAGAUCAACAAGAUCCGGUGGUUACCCCAGAAGAAUGCUGCACAGUUCCUCCUGUCGACAAAUGACAAAACCAUCAAACUGUGGAAAAUUAGUGAGCGUGACAAGAGACCAGAGGGCUACAAUUUGAAGGAAGAAGACGGGCGAUACAGAGAUCCCAAUACCGUCACAGCACUGCGGGUACCAGUAUUCAGGCCCAUGGACUUGAUGGUGGAGGCCAGUCCCAGGCGAGUGUUUGCAAAUGCCCACACCUACCAUAUCAACUCCAUCUCAGUCAACAGUGACUGUGAGACCUACCUGUCGGCGGACGACUUGCGCAUCAACCUCUGGCAUCUGGAGAUCACUGACCGCAGCUUUAAUAUCGUUGACAUAAAGCCGGCGAACAUGGAGGAGUUGACAGAAGUGAUCACAGCUGCAGAGUUCCACCCAAAUCAGUGCAACACGUUUGUCUACAGCAGCAGCAAGGGAACCAUCCGCCUGUGCGACAUGAGGGCAUCGGCACUGUGCGACAGGCACACCAAAUUGUUUGAGGAGCCAGAAGAUCCAAACAACCGUUCAUUCUUUUCUGAAAUAAUCUCAUCCAUCUCGGAUGUGAAGUUCAGCCACAGCGGCCGAUAUAUGAUGACGCGCGACUACCUGUCUGUGAAAAUAUGGGAUCUCAACAUGGAGAGCCGGCCGGUGGAGACCUACCAGGUGCAUGAAUAUCUCAGGAGUAAAUUGUGUUCACUUUAUGAGAACGACUGCAUCUUUGACAAAUUUGAAUGCUGUUGGAAUGGGAACGACAGUGUUGUGAUGACCGGUUCCUACAACAACUUCUUCAGGAUGUUUGACAGAGGCUACCGGCAGGACGUGACCCUCGAGGCCUCUCGGGAAAACAGCAAGCCUCGCUCAGUCCUGAAGCCGCGCAAAAUAAGCACAGGUGGGAAGCGCAAAAAGGACGAGAUCAGUGUAGACAGUCUGGACUUUAACAAGAAGAUCCUCCACACGGCCUGGCAUCCCCUGGACAACAUCAUUGCUGUGGCCACCACCAACAAUCUGUACAUAUUCCAGGAUAAGCUGAACUAGUGUUUCAUCCAUCCUCUCAGAUCCCAGUUUCUGCUUGAUCCCCAUAUCUCUGAUAAACAGGUCCUUUUUUUUUUUUCCUUGGUUCAAUCCCUCAAUCUUAACAACCUAUGUUGCUGGCGUAUGCGAGCAGAACAACUAAUUAAAGAACAGAUGAUGGCGUUACCGCCACACGUCCAGCCAGGCCGCCACAAGCACAGUACAAUGUAUUGCAAACAGAAACAUGAUGGGUUUUUUAUAUCCCAGGUCAGCCUUUGGGAUUUUGCCAUUGUCUUUGGCUUCUUAUUAGGAGCACUGAGCUAACAUUAGCAUCUCCAGUACAUCCCCAACCAAAGGGAAGGUAUUUUUCAUCAUCCCGUUUUGCUAUAGUGGCCUGACUCGUCAUUCAGUCUUUGUAGCUGCCAUCUUUUAAUAGAUUAAGUAGGAUUUUACUUUGACUAGUUUUAUGUCUUUCGGACACCGAGAUCGCUUUCAGAACACCACUAGUAAGAGCCGUCAACACUUCAGUUCACUCCCAGCAACUAUUAAGUUUCUACGUUUUCUCACUUCAUCCUUCCUACUGUACAGUGAGAUCUCACAUUUGAGCUCAGUUAAUCAAUUGGAAAGCAGCUGCUUUCUGACACUCAUGUCUGUGCAGUGAGAAAGAUGGCCCCGUUAGGUCGUCAUGCACCAUCGUUUUGCAUUUUCAGCCAGGCGAGCAAUUGUUGUGAAGCAAAAGUGGGUUGCAGAAAACGGUUUGAAGCACAUUGACCCUUUACAGGUGUGAAAUAUGUUUAAAGAAAUAGUUUUACAUGAACACUCCGGCAAUGACAUCACACUACCCAAACCUUUGAUAUUGCUGUGAUGAGAUGCACCGCUGGUGAAUGGGAGCAGGUGAGAAGCUGACCUUUGCACAGGUUUCUGCAUGUUGAACAAGCUUUUUAUUGAAACAUUACAACUUUCGGCUGUAAAAAAGGUUACCUCUCCCUAGCUCAGGUUUGUGGUCUCCACCGCGGCCCCCCUGCUGCCUGCUGUGUGCCAUCGGUGUGGUACCGACGGCAGCUGAAGCAAGGCUAGGCUCUCAGCAGUUGUUUCACAGUAACGGGGCUAAGACAGUCUUAAGAGAAGGAAAGAAGCUACAUAUUGGCCGAAAAGAAAAUGUUUUGCAGGAAGUUGUGAGGGUGGUGGGGUUUUUUUUUGUUUGUUUUGUUUUUUUCAAAUCUUAUUUACACGAUCGGAUGGAUUCCGCUCAGUGUGCCAAAUUAAUGUAACCAUGUGCCUAUCCCUUAGGUCCGGAUAGAUAGAUUAGUAUCCCAAUCCGUCACUGAGUAUGAACAGGAAAACACGAAGCGGACACAUUUGGAGGCUGUCCGGUUAAAGGAAAGCACUGUAUGUCUGGAUGGGACUUUUCUAACAUCUUAUUAUAAAAGCGAGUUAUCCGAAUUAGCCUUUUGAAUGUGACACAUUGCUGUAUAUUUGACCCCCGGAUUGGCUUUUUUCUGUGCAGAAAUGAUCGACUCGCUGUAACAAUGGAACUUUAACUGUUCUUGAUAGAUCCCAGCAGAUUCUGACUGAGCCAGGCUCAUUAUCUCCUGUGCAGUCAAAACCUGCGAGAUGUUUAUCCGGCUGCACGGUAAUGCAGUCAUGUAGGGAAAUGGCCCACUUUAAUGUACAUGUAAGAUGUCGAUGGAAAAAAGCAUGAACCUGUCAGUGCAGUCCUUUCCACCGGAAGGGGGCUGGCUCACAGACAUAGGUCAGGUAUUCUGGUUUUGGGAGUCACCCGCUGGCUCAUCGUGCCACAGCAACUCGUCCUUUACACCUUGAAGUUAUUUAAAGCCGUCUAACAAAUGUUAUGUUCCUGGUCCAGCCGGUCACCGUUGUGCUUAUGUGAGCGACCACACAGGGCUCAGGAGAAACAUAAAAACGUAUAUAUGUGACAGAGCACAGGGAGGGAAGGAGGCCCCGUUUUGUUGUGCUGUGGUCCGUAGCACUAAAGCAGAGUGCUGCUCCCACACUAAGCUUGUGAUGUUAAUGCAGACUGAUUACUUUACACUCUGGAUAUGGUUUCUGUUUGUAGACUUUUUUUAAAGACGUGACAUUUUGUACUGUACCUGAUAAAUAAUCACUAUAACUGAUUUAUUUUUAUAUAAAUUAAGGCAAUAGGAUUACAGUCUAAUCACUGUAGCUUCUUUAGCUGUCUGUCUGUGACUGACUUUAGAUAGAAGGUUAUGUGAAGUAAAGUAUCUCUUACAUUUGUUUUUUUUGGGGGGGGGGCAUUUAGCUGAUCCUGGCAGGUAUAGAUUUUUGUUGGCAUUAAGAAAGAGUUUCAUUUUUUAUAUGGGUUUUCCAAAGAAGAAUUUUAAGUUGUCAGUACCUCCUGCAAAGCACUAGAACAUUUUAUUUUCUUUUGUCUUUUUGACCACUGAACUUUAAGGUUUUAGGCUUGGAUUCAGAGUUCAUUUGGAUCUUAACGUCCCGUUACAUGUGCCACUGGUUUGCUAAAGAAGAAUUGUGCUCUCUACAAAAGCUUGGGCCUGUAUGGGUCCCCAUUUUGAAAGGCAUUUUCACUAGAUUGUAUUGUCUGAAAAAUGAUAGUCAAAAUUGUUGACUAAACUUUAUUAUUUUUAUUAUUAUUUUUUUCUCUCCUGGGACAUGUAUAUGUCUCCCUUAACACGAUUUGUUAUUUAAAUAGGAGACUCUGAACCAUACAGUGUGCAGUUGAUUGUAUGGAUCCCUGUUGGGGGGUGACAAAAAACAGUUUGUGGCCAGCACUGCUUUGGUCAAAUUAUUUUAUUUGAAAAAGAAAAAAGACAUUUACUGUACAAGACAGAUACAGGUGCCAAAAACGAGUGCUUUCCAUUCAUGUAAGUUGCUUCCAGGUAUAAUCGUUCUCAUUUGAUGUCAUGUCCUGGAGGUGUUGAUGGAACUAAAUUAUAUAUUGUAUGAAAAACAAAGAUGUUUGCCAUGAAGAAAGUGAUAACAGCACAUAAAACUUUCAUUUAAGCUUUUAAAUCAGGGAGCCGUUGGCUCAUCAAACAGUCACUAAAAAUACAAUCACCCGUCAUUACGAUGGUGUUAAACCACUGUCAGUUGUCAAGUCUCUCAGGGCUUUGGGUUAUGUCUUUAAAUUAAAUGCUUUUCUAAACUUUGCCUUUAUUUUAUGUUCCUAUCAUUUUUGGCCGACUUUUUAAGAACUAUUUUUUAAAUGUACAAGUGUGACAGUCAGUUAUGUCAUUUUCCACUUGAUUGAUAUAUGAGCAUUGUAUUUGUUUGUCCCAUUCAGUGGUCAAAGAUCUGAUCAGUCAUCCCCAAAUCAAGAAUCCUGUUCACAUCAUACUGGUACGUCAGCAUAGACACACGUUCUUUUAGGGAUUGCUGAAAACGGGUCACUGACAUUCAUUAAUGACUUAAUAAACAGCUCUGUACUUUUCUCCUCUAUCCCUUCAUACUGUGUGUAUACACUGGCUGUAAGUAAUGGUUUAAAGCACAUAAAUGCUCAGAAGAACCCUGUUGCCUUUUUAACAGUAUUAACAAAAAGUAAGAUAAUCACGUUUCUUAAAGUUUGUGAUACACCAGACAAGAGACAGCUCAGGGGUAUUUAACGCUGCUCUGUGAACUAAACCUUAUACCUUCAAAGACUAGUUUUUCAGGGCUCCAACGGAAACAAAACUUUACAGUAAGAGAGUACUUUUUUUCAUUUUAAAAAAAUCCAGAUAUAUAUAAUGGUUUGACUACUUCACGUUUGUAUCAGAUAAACUUGCCAUAUUUAAUGCAUCAUCAAAUUUCAUGGAAUGUAGCUGCUCUGGAGUUUCUCCAAUCGCAGCACCAUUCAUGUCACAGGAGUUAAAAAACAAAAUGCACUUUUUUUUGUGAAUUUCAUUCAGUUCUAGUCUUUCCUAUUUUAAGGGGCACAUGAAUAAAGAGGUUUGGUGAUCUUUAUGUGGGGGAAAAGUACAAAAGGUUCAUUGUACAGCGAUGUUUCUCAAAUGGAAUAAAGUACAGUUUAGAUCAAAUUAAAUAAAGAAUUUAAGAUCUGGGCUCUGACAAUGUUUUUCUUACUGUCAAGUCUUCUGA